GUCUUGAAAGGUAAGGCCGAAACAAAUAUAACGCCAUUUCUUUGACUCUUUCUCCCGAGAACCUUUCCCACACACUCUCUUCCUUCUCCCCAUCACAUCUCGCAAUUAUGCCGUCCAACGGAAUUGACAUUCCCCAGCGACAAGGUCGUCCUGACGAACUUUCGCGCACCGUUUCCAACUCCUUCAAAGACUCUCUUUCGACGAGCCCAACCUUGACAUUUCACAGCCCGCAGAACUCCUUCAACGGCCCUCCGAAGGCAUCCGCGAAACAGCUCAAACCGUUCCAGACGACAGACAUCAAGGUUCUACUACUGGAAAAUGUCAACCUCGCGGGGCAGGAAAUUCUCAAGACGCAGGGCUACCAAGUCGAGGCACUGAAGACUUCUUUGCCAGAAGACCAGCUCAUUGAGAAGAUCCAAGAUGUGCAUGUCAUCGGCAUUCGUUCAAAAACACAACUGUCUGCCAACGUCCUCAAGCAUGCGAAGAACCUCAUCGUGAUCGGCUGCUUCUGCAUCGGCACCAACCAGGUCGACCUCAAAUUUGCUGCUGAGAUGGGUAUUGCCGUCUUCAACUCACCGUUCUCGAACUCACGCUCCGUCGCUGAGCAGAUGAUUGGCACAAUCAUCGCGCUUGCUCGACAGAUUGGCGACCGAAACACCGAAAUGCACAAUGGCACAUGGAACAAAGUCUCAGCAGGCUGCUGGGAAGUAAGAGGAAAAACGCUGGGCAUUGUUGGCUACGGACAUGUUGGAGCACAACUUUCUGUUCUCGCGGAGUCUUUGGGCAUGAGGGUCAUCUACUACGAUGUCAUCAACCUGAUGGGUCUGGGUACGGCGCACCAGGUACCUUCACUCGAUGAGCUCUUGCAGAACUCCGACUUUGUGACACUGCAUGUGCCUGAGCUGGAAGAAACGAAGAACAUGAUCGGCGAAGCGCAGUUUGCGAAAAUGCGCACUGGAGCAUACCUGCUCAACGCUUCGCGUGGCAGCGUUGUGGACAUCCCAGCCUUGAUCGCUGCCAGCAAGGCUGGCAAGCUCGGUGGUGCCGCCCUCGAUGUCUUCCCCAACGAGCCUGGCAAGAACGGAGAUACCUUCAAUGCACAGCUCAACAGCUGGGGCGACGAGCUUCGCAACCUCAAGAACAUCAUCCUCACACCACACAUUGGUGGUUCAACAGAAGAGGCACAGUCGGCGAUCGGUGUCGAAGUCGCAGACGCGCUAGUCAACUAUGUCAACUUUGGCACAACGCAGGGAGCUGUCAACUUCCCAGAGGUCACGCUCCGUUCGCUUACCAUUGAGGAGCCAAACCACCUGCGCGUCAUCUACAUUCACAAGAACGUGCCAGGUGUGCUUCGCAGGGUCAACGAGAUUCUUGGCGAUCACAACGUGGACAAGCAGAUGACGGAUUCCAGAGGCGAUGUUGCUUACCUGAUGGCGGAUAUCUCGGAUGUUAAUGUCAGCGAGAUCAAGAACCUCUAUCAGAACCUGGAAGACUUGGGCAGCAGGAUCAGAACGAGAGUGCUGUACUAGUGCUUCGUCGCUGUGUUCAGUAUUGGUGCAAGAGAAGGCUUGGACGGGACCACUGGCAUUGACGGGAGGGAUAAUGAAGUUCUGGCUUUCAGCGGCUUAUGCACGCUACAGCUGAAGAUAAAAGUGAAAUGCUAGAAUUGGUAGCAACGGUGGCGUAAGGAAGUAAAUAGAAGAUACCAUUGCAUUCAACAUGGCGUUUCCGCGCUCAAGAGCGCGUAACCCCGCUA